AUGACCGAGAGGAUUUCCAUCGAGCGUAAACAGUUCAGGUUUGAAGAGGAUGGAGGCAUCAACAAAUUUCAAAAGUGGGACAUCAGUGGCUUGAAAAAAGGAAGGAUGAAGGUUGGUCUCUGUGCUCCCAAGUUUUUCUUCAUCUGGCGUCUGGCUUCCGGAAGAUAUAGAAGAAAGAGUGAGCUGGCGGCUUGCGUAUUCCUGGUCGAAGAAAUUCAAAAGGGUAAGAUCUUCCAAUUGAUGGCGUCAGCAAUAGCAACGGCUGGCUUGUUGCAGAAUUUCCCAUUUCUCGUCCAACUUCGUGAUUUUGGUGUGCGAUUUGAGCAGACUUGGUCGGAUAAUGGUGAUUUCCAGGCGAACUGUUUUGAUAUCGUCGUCGCUGAGAGCCUAGAGUCGUUAGCAGAGAAAUAA